AUGCCUGGCCGUGGAAGCAGCCCAAGCUGCGACGUGUGCUUGCCGAGGGAGGUCUACAUUGCGAUCGCCAUAGUUGCAUUUGUGGCCUGCGUCGCUACAUACCUCUUCUGCGCGGUCGCCCUGGUUCGCAGUGCGUCCGCGUCGCCGCACUGCCACAUGGUGCUCCUGAAGAUGAUGUUGAAUCACUGCCUCGCAAUUAGCGUACUGUCGUCUGCCAUCUUUCGUGCCGCUAUGCGCAUGGGCUACAGCGACCCCGUCAUAUACCAGCUGCUCGGGCUACUUGCAAUCACGGAUGGCACUCUUCCUUCAGACAACUGGCUGUUUUCGCUGCCCUGCAUGCUGCAACCGGCACACGGCAAGGCCUUGGAAGCGCAAAUGGAAGAGCUGACAGGCGUCUUUCACAGCGAGUAUUUUUCGGAGACGAGAUCGGCAGCGAGACAAGCCUUAGUGAAUUUUCAAUGGUGGACUGAGAUGAACCUGCUCGUGUGCUGGGCUGCCACUCCUCUCGUCGCCGUUGCACUGGUGUUGCUUUUGCUGCUCAUCCGCCUCCGUCUGUACAUGUCCUCGAGAUCGGAGCUGUUGGCAUGCAGCACGGAGUUCUGCACACAGGCCUACUUCUUCGGCUGGGAGGCUACCAAGAGGCUUUGGGAAGUCGACGUCUCGGAGCAAUUGGUGGAGAUGUACAACACAAGGCUGUGGGGUGUGUGCUGGCCGCUCCACCACGUCAAAUGCUUUCUUCAUGCAAGAAAGAGGGGACCAAGGAGGCGCGGUCUUGUUCAGAGCUGUUGCUAUUAUACGAUCUUUCUGCCGAUCAUCUUGUUCCCACAGUGGCUGGCUUACGGCGUAGACUUGCGACGCUUUUGGGUCGAAUCCGCUCCAUUGCGCGUGGUUCUGCUGUACUGCCUCUACUUCUCGGUGGCUCGCAAGUCCAUGCGUGCUUUGCAUUGCAUUUGGCUUGGCGGACUCGGUCAAAUUGACCGCGCAGUUAUCUACAGCAGCGGCGCCCUGCAGUGCGGCUGGUCGCAGAGCCUCCACUACAUUGCUUUUUUUCUGGGCAUUCUCUGGGCUGCGCUCUGGCCGGCCUGGACCAUGUACGAUUUAUAUCGUACCCGCCGACCAGGCAGGAAGAAGGAUGCAGAGAGGCUUUAUGCAGUGCUGCUCCUUGGCUUCAGCCACACGCGCUGGUGGUGGGAGGCGGCCGUCUUCACAAGGAAGUUCUUUCUAAUCCUCUUGGAGGCAAUCCCGCUGCAAGAGCAGUUUCGAUUUCUGCUCUUCACUUGUCUGGGACUCCUGGCCUUGUUGGCACAUCUAGCAGCGAAUCCUUGCGACCGACGUUGGCACAGUCUGCUGACACAGAUGGAAAAUGCACACUUGGUGAUCAUCAUUGUGGUCUCCAGUCUGUCCUACUUCGCCAUCCAAGGACUUGUAGGCUUCGCGACCGUUGUGAUUUGCUGCGCUGCGCUGCACGCGACUUUCAUGGUCGUGGCUAUGUUUUGCCUGGCAGAUGCAGCCAGCAUGAUCUUGGCAGGAACAUUGGAUCAUGACAAGGUGCUGCUGCGCACCGAUGAUAGCAUGCUUUCCCAAGCGCUGAGAUUCUUAUUGCGGAUGAAGAUACGACGGGAGGCCAUGGAGCCCUAUGUCUCCUAUGACAAUGUUCACCGCUUCGUGACUGUGAUCGGUCGAGGCGGAGAUCAGGCUGCGCCUCCCUACCUUCCUUCGGGCGCCGAGCUGUACAAUGGCCAGGAAGUCAACAGCGAGAAUCAGUCCGGCUCCGUGAUUGUGCGGACUCGUCUCUCGGAAGUGGGCUUCCAAAGGGUCUUGGAGGGCCGGCGGACGGAAUCGAUGCUGACGGAGAAGCGUUUCCUCCUCCGAACAACACGCAAGGAGUUCAGCCACCGUUUCAAGCGUCUUGGAGCUAAAGUGCCCAUUGCGCUGCGUCGGCAGAUUGCCAGGCAGCUGCUGUUUACGGCGGAACACAUUGCGAAGACGAGAUCGACGAGCAGCGUUUCCAUUCUGGAUUUCGUCGUUCGUGGCAUGUUCAUGAUUGUUCACGACAGCCGUUCAAACCUUGAUGACGGCCCUCGAGAGUUGGACAGAUCGGUCUGGGUAGAAGCUCACCGACGCAAGGACAUCGUGUACUUGGCCAGCGCAGACCAGGCAGAAGGCGGCCCCCAGAACGCUCCGGAACCCACAGGACUCGUUGACCGUGAUCGGCAGCAGUUGGAGGAGAUGGUCUUCUUGUGGGACCAUUGGGAGCUUUGCCAGAAGGUGGCAGCGCUGCGCGAGAAAGAAGACUGGCGCGCUCUAAGCCGUGAGGACUUCGAACGGGCUGCCCGGCCCCUUCAGCAGAUGCCCGACUCGGAGGAGACCCCAACGAAGGAGGGUGCCGCACCGGGCUCUGAUUGGGAGAUUGAGAGCUCUUCUUCGGAGGGCUCCACAGCGGCAGCCCGGAUUCGAUCACUGGACGAUGUGCGCAUUCUACGAGAGACGGUGCAGAAGAAGGUGGCACGGAUGUUCUCGCCAAAGAUCUUCCGGAGGGGCCUUCUCCUCCGAGAGAUGAAGCAUGCCUUGACGAAGCUUCGGCAGACGCCACCCGAGGAGCUGAAGCUUUGGCUCGACCUCUUCGAGCAGUCCUGGUUUCCGGAGUUCAGAGCUACCGACAAGGAAUUACACAACCUAGCCGGGACGCACCUGGAGAACAGUACAAACGUGGCGUUCACGGACAUCUUUCGCGAGCUUCCAAGGCUGGAGCAACGUGAACGAAGUUCGAGGCACAUGUCUGAGGAGCUUAACUUGACCGUGUGCCUCAAGUGGGUGCGAUUUCUGCUCCACUACUACUGCGGCGGCAUCCAGGUCGUGCAGCUGGGCGACGUCAUGCGAACGCGCCUGACUAGGCCGUCUCGCCGCAUGAUCCGGGCAUCGAUGGCUCCAAUGCAUACUCACCCAGAAGAAGACACCGAUGAGGAGGACGGCGUGCCCUCCCCCGGUGCACUCGAACGUGCUGAUAGAGGGAUCGAUGCUUUUCUGGGCCCUCUUCCAGACGAAGGGGCUAUGGAACGCCUGGACCGAGGCCCCACUUACUGUUGA